AAAGACAUUCAAAGCAGUCUCAAACAGUUUCACACCAGAAUACUUUCACUCUUGAAGAGGCGCACACCUUCAUUUCCAUGACAUGAAAACACUUGCCACUUACUCUUGUCUUCUGUAAUGUUCCGCAGAACAGGACUCAACUAACAGUUGAGAGGGUCCAUUGAGAGGAUGGAGAACCAAACUUGCAGUAAAAGUCAAGCAGCGGACUCAUUCCUGCAGUUUGUGAUGAUCCUUGACCUACUUGUUGGACUUCCAGGGAUCAUUAUGGCUUUGUGGAUCUUUUGCAAGAUGAAGGACUGGAAACCUCACGUUAUUUUUCUCUUCAACCUUGUUUUGGCGGAUUUCCUGCUCCUCGUCAGUGUGCCGUUCCGGAUUGAUGCCCACGUCCAAGGAGGUAACUGGAGAUUUGGAUCCCUCUGGUGCCGUGUCAACCUCUACACGCUAUCUGUCACUCGCUCUGCCAGUAUAGCCUUCAUGACAACAGUGGCCCUGAACCGCUGUGUGAAAGUGGUCUAUCCACAUCACUGGAUCAGCAAAUUAUCCUCAGUUGCCGCAAUGAGAAUUUCAGCUUUGAUCUGGGUUGUUGUGACUGCUCUUCGGAUUCCUCUAUUGACCACAAACCUCUUUCGCCAAAACGAAGCAAAAGUCAACGUGUGUCGCAGCUUCGACAGCUACAAAGUAAUCCCUAAACCUUUAUACCUGCACUACGUGCUCUACAUCUUUGAGUUCAUCCUGCCGUGGUUGUUGUUGCUGUUCUGCUCCAUCCGGAUCACCUAUCACCUUCACAAACUGAAAAUUGGAAACCAGGAGAUAUUCCACAAUGCCAUACGAGCAGUAAUGGUGAUCACCACAGUGUUCACUCUGUGCUUCAUGCCAAGCGUUGUCAUUGGCCUUGGGUCAGUUUACAUCAAGUUUUUCAGCUAUGAAAAGUGCAAAUACAACUCAUGGAAUCAGGCUUUUAUGAUCGGCAUUGGGUUCACGUACCUGCACAGUGCUUUGGAUCCCAUCAUCUACUUUUUCUCCAGUUCCACAUUUACCCAAACUUUCAAGAAAUCUGUUGGGAAAAAAAAGAAAGCGCAACGGUCUGUACCUGGCAAAUUGCCAAAAGAAUAGGAUUGUUUCCAUCAGCAUGUCACAGCAUGCUUUGUUAAAGAGAAGGCAUAUUUAACCCUCCUGCAGCAAAUGAUUCAAAAGAGCAAAGAGGAAAAUGACUUUGAUGACUGAUGGCUCAAGAGUUUUUGAAAGGAUGUCACUUCAUUACAAGCUAAUAAAAUAGUUGCAUUCGUUAUUUUCUCCAAAAGUCUGUAUCCCCAGAAAAGCAACUGUGCUAUACAUUUAAUUUACUUUACUAAUUCUUUUAACUAUAAUCACUAAGAUUUUUCAAAGUAUCAAAGGGGUUGGCUUUGCAUUUAUUUAAAUGUGAAUCUGGUAAGAAGUAGGAUUGGGGGUUAAAUUGCCUAAUGGAGCUAAUGGGCUCAGUACUCCCCCAGAGUUUGGGGAGAAAAAAUUGCCCCCCGUGUGUGUCCAUUGAUGCUGAUUUUAACUUUGUUUUAAUAAGUGGCUGUCUUUUUUUAUUGUUGUUUGUAACUCAGACUGUUCUGACAUUUUUUACUGAAUAAGAAUAAAACCUGUACCUUUGUA